CAUACGAGAGAUGAAGACUAUUGUAAGUACAUGCACACAUACAAAACGCACGCAUGCUUUUUUAUAUAUGGUUUCUCUGUAUGUAUUAGUUUUUUUUUGUAAUUAUCGUACAAUUUGCCGCACUUGAAAUAUGUGAACCCGUUUGGGACUAAGCCGUUAUUAUUUUUAUGUUUUAAACAUCCCCACGACCCCCCUUCCCUACCAACCCUUUUUUUGUAACAAACCCCUGCGCACAUAACCACUCGAGUCUAGUAUUCACAAUAUCCUAUUACCCUACUGCACAACAUCCCAAUCAACAACACUCCUUUUUAAAAAUAAAAAUAUUUCCUUUUGUCCUAUUUUUUUAAAAAAAUACCUAAUAAAAAAUAGGGUCUGAAACGAGUCGCUAUUCCUUCGCGAGCCAUCCUAAUCAUUGCGCUUCUCUACCUAGGAUGCCUUUACCUGAUAACAAACAGCGCACUCCAGUCUCGACUGCGUCGAUCAAUAGAGGCCAUGACAGCAAAUGGGCCCAUGCCAGGCCAACAGACUGCGCCAGCAACAGGAGAAGGAAUCCGCGAGUGGUUUUCGUGGAAGGUGAAUAAUGUCGGAAUAAAGCCACAGCUGCCGGAAAAUCAACAGAUACCAGUUGAUGUUUUGGCCAAGAUAAUCUACGACGCAGCGAAUGGCCACAACGUUGGCGACAGCCUAAAGCCAUUACCAGAGGAAGAAGAGUUGGGCCAAGGUGGUAGUAAGCCAUACGAGGGGCUGGUAAAGUUGGUUCGGCUGGGUGGGUGGCCGACGGAGUUUCCUGAAAACCUGGACGAGUAUCAGGAGUCGGUGUUGCAAAACAAAACGUGGGCGAGUGAGACAGAAAAACAUCGGGCGGAGAUUGCGCCCUGGGUGUGGCACCACCGCGGCGAGGCGGAUGUUCUGGAUGAGCUGGCUAAAUCUGCCGACCAACAGGUCGCCUUCGACGCCAUGGUGGAGAUGGCCAGGCUCGGUAUUAUUCCUUCGCCCGGAAAUGAAAAUCGACGGGCCAACGCGGCGUUUGUUGUUUUGCUGCGCAACCGCGAGCUGGACGAUUUCCUGGCCACCAUGCGGCAGCUUGAGGACAGGUUCAACCACAAAUACCACUACCCGUAUAUUUUCCUCAACGACGAGCCAUUCUCCAAGGAGUUCAUGCAGCUGGUGGCCAUUAGCACCACGAGCAACGUUACGUUUUCUAUGAUUCCGCGAGACCACUGGUCGCUGCCAGACUUUGUCGAUCCGAUUAAGGCGGCCAAAGCGCGGGAGCAGAUGGCCGCAGAUAACAUCAUUUACGGUGGAAGUCUGAGCUACCGCCAUAUGUGCCGGUUCAACAGUGGGUUUUUCUACAAGCACCCGCUCCUGCAAUCCGUCGACUGGUAUUGGAGGGUCGAGCCCGGUGUUGAUUUUUACUGUGACAUUGACUAUGACCCCUUCGUCUACAUGCAGAAUAGCGGCAAGCUAUACUCCUUUGUCAUUGCGCUCAAGGAGUUAAAGUCAACCAUUCCGACGCUGUGGCAACACACGCUCGAGUAUAUGCUCAAUACCAAUGCGUCGUCCGACCUGAUGUCGUACUUUGUUUCAGAGACUGGUGACUAUAACUUGUGCCAUUUCUGGUCAAACUUUGAGAUCGCCUCGCUCAACUGGCUGCGCUCCGACGCCUACGACUCGUAUUUCCGCUACCUCGACCAGGCCAAGGGGUUUUUCAUGGAGCGGUGGGGCGACGCGCCCGUACACUCGAUUGCUGCCGGAAUGUUGCUUAACCGAGACCAGGUGCACUUCUUUGACGAUAUCGGGUACAGGCACGAGGACUUUAUGCAUUGCCCGGAUACAAAGGAAAAUUUGGGUAUGAAGCUCAAGUGCCAGUGUCCGCAGAGAAAAAACUUUGACACUUCUAUUGGGAGUUGCUUGCCGAGGUGGAAGUCGUAUUCGCCGGCUGAGUGGACUCCGAGGGAUACGGCCGAGGCUCUGCGGCUGAUGGAAGAGAAGAACCUGGUUACUGAUGUUACUGAGCCUCACAUAGUUGCCGAGAGGAGGCAGUGGUACAAUGUUUUUGCUGGCUUUUAAAAUGAGAAUCUGAAAAAUAAAUAAAUUAUUUGUUG